AUGGAUCGGUUUACUCAAUUUCCAGCCGUCAAUGACGACGGCGAGGAAGUCCAUGUCAUUCCCUGGAACCUCGACUGUCAACUCCCAUCCGAGGUAUUGGCCGUGUCGUGGGCAGUCUUAUUACGUGCAUUCACUACCGAUGAAAAUCCGGUAUUCCUGCUGAACGGUGCCCCCGUCAAGGCAGACCUGGCAGCGCAAACAGUCCAACCAGCCGAUUUGGCGUCCGUGGCAGAUCUCUCCGUCAAACACACAGCCGUGGUGUUGGGGGAUCCAUUAUUCAACAAUGGUGAACGUCCCCCCGCGCUCCGCUGGACGGUGGACCCCACCUCGCAAUCCGGAGCCUUGUGCGCGACCGGAGGCAUGGAUGCCCCAUUCCUGUAUCAACUGGGAAAGCAACUGAAGCAGAUCAUUCAAGAGCAAGCAGCAUCCAAGGGCAUUCAUGUAGAACUGUCUGCUCUGGAGGUUCCAACGGUGGCGGUGUCAAACGCGGAGCCUGCGAUACUGCCUGGUCCUGGGUUGCUGCAUGAGCUUGCGUUGCGCGGGCUCAAUGAUUCGAACCACGCGAUUGAGUUUCUGACGGCGGACGGAGACGUUCGUUGCCUGUCCUACCGUGACCUGGAUCGCCUUUCCUCGAAGCUCGCGAGUGAAAUAGCUCGUGCUUCAUCUGAUUCUGGACAGAGGGUUGUCCCUGUGCUGCUCCCCCAGUCCGUGGAACUCUACAUCUCAUGGCUGGCGAUUCUCAAGUCCGGCGCGGCGUUUUGCCCUUUGAAUACCGAUGCUCCUACAGACCGCAUUGAAUUCAUUCUACAAGAUGUGGCUGCUUCGGUUGUGAUUACGAAUGAUGCACUUGCUCCCAGAAUACCACCCAAAGAUCACAUCUCAGUCCUUACCGUUGACAACAUCCAAGGCGACACCAGUCCCGCGGAGCCAUUCGCUAUUGAAACCACCCCUCACUUGGCCUAUGUGAUGUACACCUCUGGAUCAACGGGCCGCCCCAAAGGUGUCGGGGUGUCCCAUCUCGCUGCCACGCAAUCUCUUCUUGCUCAUGACGAUUUGAUACCCCAAUUCAAGCGAUUUUUACAAUUUGCAUCUCCAACUUUUGACGUUUCUGUAUUCGAAGUCUUCUUCCCAAUGAUGCGCGGAGCAACCCUGAUCGGCUCCGAGCGUGAGAACAUGCUUCUUGAUAUCUCCCAUGUGAUGACUACCAUGAAAGUUGACGCCGCAGAGCUCACUCCAACGGUUGCGGGUGAGCUUCUCCGCACCCGAGCCGCAGCUCCAUCCCUCCGUGUCCUUCUCACCAUUGGUGAGAUGCUCACUAGACACGUGGUCGAUGAAUUCGGCCAAUCCGAAUCCCGGGAUGGGAUUCUCCAUGGCAUGUACGGACCUACUGAGGCUGCAAUUCACUGCACCGCUGCCACCCAUUUCAAAGCGAAAGACCGAGUCAACAUGAUUGGAACGGCCUUCAAAACGGUCUCCGCAUACAUCAUGUCCCUUCCCGACGAGUCCAGCGAACUCCGGACCCUUUCCCUAGGCCAGAUCGGAGAGCUGGUCGUCGGCGGUCCUCAACUGGCUGAUGGAUACAUCAAUCGCCCGGAAGAAAAUGCCAAAGCAUUCAUCGAUAGUCCGACGUACGGUCGACUAUACCGAACAGGAGACAAGGCUCGCAUGCUACCCUCCGGCGAGAUAGAAUGCUUUGGCCGAAUCUCCAGUGGCCAGGUCAAGCUUCGAGGUCAGCGUAUCGAGCUCGGUGAAAUCGAACACGUUAUCACCAGGGCCUCUGGUGUCCGCAGUGCCGUGACACUCGUCAUCGAUGGCAACCUUGUCGCUUUCGUGCUUAUCACAGAAAAAAAUGUGACAGAUAGCAGCUUGCGAGACGUAUGUCGUCAGCUGCUGCCCCGUUUUAUGAUCCCAGGCGAAUUUGUGCUGGUCGAUCAAUUUCCCCAAUUGCCCUCUGGCAAGAUCGACCGCAAGACGCUAGAGGCCGACUUCGUCCAACAUCGCGACAGCGCGCAAUCCGUUCACCAGGAAUCCCGAGAUGAAAAGGAAGAAUCUAUCGUCCUGUGCGUCGCAGAUGUGCUCGGCCGACGACUGGCACCAACAGAAAGUCUAGCUGCAGCCGGUCUUGAUUCAUUGGCGGCAAUCCGUCUCGCGUCUCAUCUUCUGGAUGCGGGGAUUCGUCUUGGCGUGGCAUCAUUAAUCGAAGCCGAUUCCAUCGAUGGAAUCUGGCGGCUGGCUAGCUUAGAAGCCGAUAAAUCAGUCGGGAACACGCAAGCUGCGCUACAAACGAUCUCCGAGUUGGUUGCGGAGGCAGGCGCAUCGCGGGUGAAUACUCUGGGCUUGAGUCAGGUGUCAGAGGUUGUUCCGUGCAGUCAUAUCCAGCAGGCUAUGGUCCUAGAGACUGUGAGGGAUGAAAAGGCAUACUGCAAUUGGGUUGAACUCGAAUUCGACUCGAUCAGCCCGACAGAGUUGAAGAAUGGCAUAGCUCAGCUCGUGGAGCACAAUGAGAUCUUGCGAUCUGGAUUUGUGGAAAUCGGCCUGAAGGAUCAUUCCUACGGUCGCUUUACCCGGAACAAUCUCGAUUCAGAGAUCUGCCAGGUGGAUGCAUUUAAUCACGAUGUGGCCAUGGCUGCAGGUCAUGACAUUUUACAUCCAUUCCAGGUUCAGAUCAAGGAGGAUACCAACCUCCGCGCUCUCGUUCAUAUCCAUCACGCGUUGUACGACGGUUGGUCCUGGCAAAUUAUGUUACAAGACUUAUGCAAGAUCUUGUCCGGAGAACAACCAUCCUCCAGACCACCCUAUGCCAUCAUCACGAAUUUCUUCAUCGAGCAAAGUCUCAACAUAUCCUUCUCAGAGUCUGCAUCCUACUGGCACGAUCAACUUGAAGGCCUGACGCCAACACCCUUCCCUACCCUCCUUGGCAGCUCCGUCCAGCCCUCCACCUCUCAUACAACCCGCAUCCUUCAUACCCCGAUUUCAAAACUAAGCGACGUAUCCCACAACCUCCGUGUCAGUCGACAAACAAUCUUCCAAGCAGCCUUCACCUACAUACUCUCCACCUACCUUGGCAACAGCGAUGUCACUUUCGGAACUGUUUUCUCAGGCCGAACCCUCCCCCUCAAAGGCAUUGAGAAUAUCCUGGGGCCAUGCAUCAGAACUCUCCCGACACGCAUGAACAUUGCCAAAAUGCAAAAUGUGUCCGAUCUCCUACUGGCAAUCCAAAACAUGAACCACAAGAGUCUCGAGCAUGGAAGCCUACCCCUUCAGGACAUCAAGAAAGCCUCCGGCAUCGACCUGCACCGCAGUCUGUUUGAUACAGCACUUGUAUGGCAAGAGAGUAUCUGGUCCCAAGAGCCUGAUGGCGUCAAGCAAGUUGGCGCCGGUGAAUUCUUGGAAUUUGCACUCUUACUAGAGUUUGAGCCUAGAGACGAACAUGUCUUUGCUAGAGCCACAUUCCAGCAAGCGAUCUUGUCCUCUGAGCAGGCAGACCUGCUGCUCGCGCAGGUCGACGCCGUCGCCCAGAUCCUGAUUGAGCACGCGGAGAUUCCGAUUGCGGAUAUUCGAUCGCUCCUCCCUCGUGACACGCUGUCAUACCACGCCGCACCUGUGGUGGAGUAUAAUAUCUCAUUGGUUUCCGGUGUGGAGGAAGUUGCAGCAGCGGAUCCUGAUCGGGUUGCUCUCGAAGAGAUCACAUGGAAAGAGACAGCAAGUUGCAUUGAGCGAAUCACCUACGGCCAAUUGAAUUCCCGGGCCAAUGGGCUCGCACACUUGCUGCUCCACGUUGGAGUUUCCAAGAGGGAUCUCGUCCCCAUUCUCCUUACUUCAAGAAUCGACAUCCAUGUUUCGGUGCUUGGAAUUGCCAAAGCUGGUGCGGGUGUCUUGCUUCUUCCUCAUGGAAUUGAAGAUCUCCAGCCCCUUUUCUCAGAAGCAAAGUCCAAGUUCUGCUACCUCCUCUCAAACUUGUCCAGCGGAUUCAUCUCUCUUACUCACUCAAUGUCUACGAUGAGCUCAACAUCCCCCUACAGCAACAAGCCCUCCGACAUCGCAUACGCUGUCUUCGGGACCGAUCAUGCGAACACGAUGCUUGUCUCGCGCCGUGCUCUGCAGAGCACCAUCAGUGCCCUCGCAAUUCAAUACCCAGCCCCGAAAGGAUCAAAAAUCCUCUCUUCCCACCCCCACUUCAUAAGCGAAGCGUUCUUCACUUGGCAAAAUGGAGCUACUCUAUGUUCCACUCCAGACCUUGGCUCGGUCAAUCACCUCGAGCAAGCUUGUCAAGAAUUGGGCGUCACGCAUCUCCACCUAACUCCCACACUGGCUUCUCGAGUCAACCCUGAUGCUGUCCCAACGGUGCAGUCUCUUCUCACAUCGGGCGAGCAACUGACUCACCGAGUCCACCGUGCUUGGUCUGAUAAGGGCUUUUAUCAUGCCUAUAGUUCUCAAGCGCUCGCUCAUCCUUUCACAAUCUCUAAGGUUGAUCGAGCAACCUCCGUUCACAAUAUCGGCCAGCUAUUAGGUCAUACGUCCAUCAUGGUUGCGGAUGAAUCGUUGACCUUGCUCCCACGUGGUGCUGUGGGCGAGCUUUGCUUCGGUGGCGAUGAUUUCAGGACGUAUCUGGAUGCCUCAAAGAUCUUGUCUGGCCAACUCGCGGAUCACCCCGAAUCCGGUCCUCUUUAUCGGACUGGCGAGAAUGGUAGACUACUCCCUGAUGGGACACUCAUUUUGGAAAGAGCUUCUGGGUUGCAGGGCGUUGAUCUCGACGAAGUUGAUCGCGCGCUGUCAUCAUCGAAAAUGGUUCAAGAGUUCGCCAGCUUGGCUCUGGAUUCGGAGUCAGGCCAGCAGUUGACUGUGUUCUGGGCUCCCUCUUCCAAAUCUGUCAGCUCGGAACUCGAGGAUAUCACUGAAGAUUUGUUCUCCGAGCUCAGCAAAAUAUUGCCCGACGCUUCCCUUCCCUCCCUCCUCGUUGCGGUAGACGAGAUUGAUGUCACUUCAUUCUACACGAUUGACUAUGCAGCGCUGAAACUGCGUCGGGAAAGACUGACUGGUCAGGAACUGGCGAUCUUCUCGCCGAAGCUCAAUGUCAAUGGUAUCGAUGAUCAACUCACUCCGGUUGAAAAGAUUAUCUCGGAGGCUUUGUCGACAGUUACUGGCACAAACCAGAGCCGCAUUGACAGACACACAUCUUUCUAUAAAUUGGGUCUAGACUCACUUUCUGCUAUUUCACUCUCGCGCAAACUGCAGGAAUCCGGAUGUGGAAGACUUGCCGUGUCGACGAUUCUGCGUCACAGCUCUGUUUCUCAGCUUGCAUCUGUUGUUUCUCCAAUCAGUAACGGGGAUGAACAUGAGCCUAUUACCGCUACAGCUGAAACCAGUGAGGCUACUGCAGUGUUUGACAAGAGCUUUGUUCAACACGUGGGCAGUGAUUUCUCAUCUUCUGGCACAUCAGUCCAAAACAUCUACCCUUGUACACCUUUACAGGAGGCGAUGCUUGCAGCUGAGUCGGGUGGUCAGUCUGCCUACUUUAACCACCUAUUGCUUCUCGUGCACAGUGAUGUGGAGGCUAUGAGACUGGCUUGGGCACAGAUGAUGCAACGACACAGCAUUCUCAGGACUUGUUUCACACAGACCCAUGACAAGCGAUUUGCGUACGCUCAAGUUGUUUUGAAGACCUCGGCCUUGCCCUGGAAGCAGAUCGAAGCAUCGUCCCUUGAGCUUGAUGGUGUCGUCAAAGAGAACAAAGCCAACUUCGAGGGAAUCUCACCUGUCAAUGGAAAGCUACCAUAUUCGUUGACUCUCAUCACUGAUUCCACAGCGCAGACAACACACCUUUUGUUGUCUAUUCACCAUGCUCUAUAUGAUGGGGAGGGUAUAUCGCAGCUCUUGCAUGAGAUGCAGCUGGCACUUUCCAGUCAGGAGUUGCCAAUGACCACGCCAUUCCAUCAAUUCAUCAAUUACAUGACAUCCGUUGACUACAGCGCCUCAGAUGAAUACUGGAAACAAUAUCUGGCGGGCGUCUCGCCAACUCUUCUUCCUGCCGCCAGUGCGCCUGAAUGCGCUUCACAGCAAAUUCAUACGUCCCUCAAUACCUCCUUUGCAUCCUUCAAGCAGCAAUGCAAGGAUCUCUCUGUCAGUCCUCUGAACGUGUUCCACGCCGCAUGGGCUAGACUACUUUCGCUGUACACCGAGACUUCGGACGUCUGCUUCGGCAACGUUUUCAGCUGCCGAACGAUCCCUCUUGAUGGCGCAGACCGGAUCGUCGGACCUUGCUUUAACACCCUCCCGAUCCGAAUCAAGUCUUCUUCAAAAGCAACGAACAGUGAUCUUUUGAAAUUGGCACAAAAGAGUAACAGCGACAUUUUGCCUCAUCAACUCAGUCCCUUGAGGCAGAUUCAGCGCGUUGUUGGAGCCGGCUCCAGGCUUUUCGACACUUUGCUCAUCUUCCAGAACAGGGACACUGAUCUGGAUACCAACACCUGGGAACUCCUUCAAGAUGAAGGAAACAUGGGAUUCCCUCUCAUCUGCGAGAUCGUGCCUGACGAUAAGGCAGGCGCAAUCCAGAUCUGCCUUCAUUUCCAGUCAUCACACAUCUCACACGCUGCCGCCGAAAGCGUCGCGCGAGACUUUGUCGCUCUCGUCGAGCACAUCGCUCAAUAUCCCUCUGCUCAAGCUUCUGACAAGGGACCCCUGGGUGAGGAUAUUCCCCGUGUAUUUACGCAGGCGACAAGCAAACCUGUCAGCUUCCGAACCACCAAGCCCCAUCAAACUCGUCCUUGGACGCACCAGGAAGAGGCUGUUCGUGAUCUUCUGUGCAAGUUCUCCGAUUCAGAAUCCGAGAACGUAUCGCAAGACACGACUAUCUUCCAGCUCGGCUUGGAUAGUAUCAACGCUGUUCAAGUCUCAGCAAAGCUGCGAGGAUUGGGGUAUAAGAUUUCCUCUGGUGAUAUUCUUGAAGCUGCUUCUAUCGAUCAGAUCGCUUCUCUUCUCGGUUCCAGUGAGAAGACAGACGAGGAAGCGGUUUAUGACUUUGACGCUUUCCAAAAUCUGCAUCUGCAGUCUGUGUGCCAACAGUUUGCCAUCAAUGAGGAGGUGCAAUCCCUCUAUCCGUGUACGCCUGUUCAGAAUGGUAUGCUGGCUGCGUACACCCACUCUGAUGGUGCCGUUUACUUCAACCGUAUGGCUUUGAAGUUCUCGACGCCUUUGGACUCGGCGCGCUUGAAAGAAGCGUGGUCUACGGCUGUUGCACAGCAUGAGAUGCUUCGAACGGGUUUUGUUGAGCUGCGCGAUCAACAGCAUCCUUUUGCUAUGGUGACCUACAACUCCAUCGAGCUGCCCUGGUACGAGACUUCAUCGGAAUCUGCCUCCAACCACAAGCCCAGUUUGAGAAAUCUUCACCAACCCCCUUGGAACGUUGAGGUUGAGGCCGGUGAAAGCGUCAGCGUUCUCUAUUUCUCAGCAUUGCACGCUAUUUAUGACGCCCAGUCUUUGGCUUCCAUUUUCGCCGACGUCAAAGCCGCAUAUGAGGGAAAGCCCCUUGCUACACGCCCUUCGAUAAGCGAAACUCUCAGCCCCAUUCUCCUUGAAAGCAAGGGCCAACGUGAAUUUGCAACCUUCUGGAAAGAUCUAGCCGCAGAAGUUCACCCCUCCAAAUUCCCAGAUCUGCAUCCCAUCCGCUCAGACAAGCGACGAAUCCUCACUUCUUCUAUCCGCUGCUCACAGCCUCGCAAGGCUCUGGAGGAUGCAUGUCGCGAAAUUGGUGUCACUCUACAAGCAGCGGCCCAGACUGCGUGGGCUCGUUUGCUAUUUGCAUACACUGGAGAGUCGAAUGUGACUUUCGGAACAGUGCUUUCUGGAAGAAAUCUCUCUACUGCAGCUCAGGAUGCUGUAUUCCCCUGUCUGGUCACUGUGCCCACGCCUGUUCGUAUCGAGGGCGCCAAUCGAGAAAUCGUAGAUCGCACAUUGAAGAGAAACGCCUUGCUAGUGAAGAAUCAGUUUGCUCCGCUUGCCAAUAUCCAGCGCUGGGUGGGUAGUGACGAGCCACUCUUUGAUACAUUGUUUGCUUAUCAGAAAUUCGCUGGUGUUUCUAAUGGAUGGGAUGUUGUUGAUGAGGAGACAAUUAUUGAUUACCCUGUUUCUAUCGAGUUGAUUCCGCACUCGGAGGACUUACAAAUCUCGUUGAGCUAUCGCAGUGAUGUUCUUCCUGCAGAGCAGGCUGAUUUGCUUUUGGAUCAGUACGAUAAGCUUUUGCAGGAUACUGUCUUUGUUCCUGAUUCCGACACCACAAGUCAUCAGGCUGUUGGUCAAAGAUUACUUUCGGUCACUCCCGCAAAAGAAGCACCGAUCCCUGCGCCUGUCAACUUGCUGCAUCAAUUUGUUGAAGUCAAUGCUGUGAAGAUUCCGGAGAAGGUCGCUUUUGAAUUUGCCUUCGGUGAGACUGCUGAUAGUCUCCAAAAGAAGACCUGGACUUAUCGCGAGUUCAAUGAAUGCGGUAACCAGAUUGCACAUCUUCUACAGAGCAAGGGAUCUGUACCGGGCGGGAUCGUUGCCAUCUGCUUUGAAAAAUGUCCGGAAGCCUCCAUGGCCAUUUUGGGAAUCUUGAAAGCCGGUUGUGCGUAUUUGGCUCUGGAUCCCGGUGCUCCCAUCUCCCGCAAGCAGUUCAUGCUGGAGGACUCAGGUACCAAGGUCCUGCUUUGCAGUCAAUCAAAGAAGACCGAAUUGAGCGGUCUUGAAGGCAUUGACGUGCAAGCUCUUGAUGAGCCGGGUCUUUUCGAUGAAGUCGCUACCGGGGAUGUCACACUUGCUAGACCGAUCUCUUCAGCUGAUACAUGUUAUUGUUUGUACACUUCUGGUACUACCGGAACACCCAAGGGCUGUGAGAUUACACACGACAAUGCCGUGCAAGCAAUGCUCGCGUUCCAGAGAUUGUUUGCCGGUCACUGGGAUGAAGAGUCUCGAUGGCUCCAGUUCGCUUCUUUCCAUUUCGAUGUCAGCGUUCUGGAGCAAUAUUGGAGUUGGAGUGUCGGGAUCUGUGUGACCUCAUGUCCUCGAGACUUGCUGUUCGAAGAUCUUCCGGGGACAAUUCAGAAGCUUCAAAUCACACACAUCGAUCUCACACCCAGUCUGGCAAGACUAGUUCACCCCGAUGAAGUCCCUUCGCUUUGUCGCGGAGUCUUUAUCACCGGCGGAGAAGCACUGAAGCAAGAGAUUCUCGAUGCCUGGGGUAAGCAUGGUGUAAUUUACAACGGGUACGGGCCCACGGAAGUUACCAUCGGUUGCACUAUGCUCCCACGCAUGACAGCCAACGACAAAGCCUCGAACAUCGGGCCGCAAUUCGAUAACGUGGGGUCCUAUGUUUUCAGCCCUGGUACAACGAUCCCAGUGAUACGCGGUGGCAUCGGUGAGCUGUGUGUCUCCGGCCCGCUUGUCGGAAAGGGAUAUCUCAACCGCGAGGAGCUCACCAAGGAACGUUUCCAAGACCUUCCCGAGAUCGGAGAUCGUAUCUAUCGCACCGGUGAUCUGGUCAGAAUCCUUCAUGAUGGCAGUUUCCAGUUCCUUGGACGUAUCGAUGACCAGGUCAAGCUUCGUGGUCAGCGGCUGGAAAUCGGAGAGAUCAAUGAAGUCAUCAAGCAGGCGGCGUCUGAAUUGAAUGAAGUCGCUACACUUGUCAUCACGCACCCCAAACAAGCGAAGGAUCAGCUUGUCUCAUUCUUCACAACGAUUGCGGAUAAGAAGUCCCGUGCUGAUGUCGCGGUUCGAUCUUCAGAAGAUGACCGUGCCUUGCUUUCUAAGAUCAAGGGCGCUUGUACUACUCACCUUCCGGGGUAUAUGGUACCAACUCAUAUCAUUCCGAUGACUCGCUUCCCGCUUUCUGCGAACAACAAGGCUGAUAUGAAGGUGUUGAAGAGCAUCUAUCAAGGCCUUACUCUGGAGGAAAUCCAAAAACUCGGCGCGUUGAGCAUUGACAAACCAACUGAUAGCGCUCACGAGCUCAAAAUCAUCGAUGUUCUCACCAGAUUCAUUGGGUCGUCUGAGAAGAUCUCCUCGUGGUCCAGUAUUUAUGAAUUAGGGUUGGAUUCCAUCUCCGUCAUUGCUUUCUCGCGGAGCUUGAGAGAGGCCGGGUUUUCUCAGGCCCAACCUUCUGUUAUCAUGAAGCAUCCCACCAUCGUCACAAUGGCGUCUGCACUUCAGCAGCCCAGCUUUUCCAAUUCAGUGGAAACAAUCCAGCGGAACGCCAAACAGGGAAUCGCAGCGUUUGCGCAAAAGAACUCUCAUGCCGUCAUUGAUCAUAUCGGAGUUUCUGACAGCGAUAUUGAGAACAUUGCGCCUUGCACACCACUCCAGGAGGGUAUCAUAUACCACUACCUGUCGAGUACCACGCCUUUGUAUUGUUCUUCUUUCACAUUUGAACUCGACGCGUCCAUCGACGUUGAGACUUUGCGUGGAGCUUGGGCCCAGACCCAAAGAGAAGUUCAAAUGCUCCGCGCCAAGUUCUCAUUAUCUCCCGAUGGCUAUGCUCAGGUCAUAUUGAAGCAAAGUGCACUUCCUUGGUUCUUUGACACAGUAGAAACCCAAAGUGGUAUCGAUGGUGUGCGCAAACAACGCCAUGAAGCAUGGACUUCUCAACUCAACAGCCUUUCAACUCAGCUGUGGGAAGUUGGAGUCAUUUCUUCGCCUGAGCAGUCUGUGAUGUGUCUGAAUAUGUUCCACGCUCUGUAUGAUGGAAACAGCUUGGUUCUUCUCCUCGAAUCGGUUGCUCGCAACUACCUCAAGCAGAACAAGGACACACAGAAGGCUCCCGAAUUCCUCGAUGUCUUGCAUCUUGGUCCUCUUUGCAAAGACCCUUCUGCUGAGAAUUUCUGGAAAGAACAUCUUGCAGACUGUCGCGACCGGCCGUUCGCCGAGAAAGGAACGGAAGACACACCCAUUCUCCACAAGGUUCAGAUCAAUGCUACUGAGCAGGUUGACUCUCUCCGUCGAUCUCUCAACGUGACCGAGCAAGCUGUGCUUCAUACGUGCUGGCUUCUGACCCUUCAGAUGCAGUACUCCUUCGUUCCACCACUUGGUAUCAUUGCCUCGGGAAGAACCAUCGAUGUACCAGGCAUUGAAAAUGUGAUCGGUCCUCUCUUCAACACCAUCCCAAGUAACGUUCAACUCUUUGGCUUGCAAUCCUGGGCUGAUGUCGCUCGCCGAUGCCAUGAGUAUCAUGUGUCCAUGGUACCCUACCAAUACACUGCUUUGCGAGACAUUGUGAAGUGGCUUGGCAAAAGUCCCGAUGAGCGACUCUUCAACACUCUGUUUGUCUUCCAGAGGGAAAGUGACGAUGCUGAGCCCUUGAGCAAGAACCUCUGGCGUACUAUGAACUCGGAGGCCGAACAUGAGUACCCCCUUGCUUUUGAAGUUGUUCGCAAUGGCAAUCAAUUUUUGACCGCAACCCUUGCUGCGAAGAGCAAUGCGGUCUCUUUAGAAGACACUGAAAAGUUGCUUGCUACGUUCGAGACAAUUCUCUCGCAGUUCGCCCAAGACCCAGACAGAGCACUACCAGAAAUUGAAGGUGUCGCGCAGCCCAUCACGAAUGGGGAAGUGAAUGGUCAUCAUGAUCCCUCGGCUACGAAGCAUGUCAAUGGUGAUCAUGUGAAUGGCUCCUCAUUUGAAUGGAGUUCCCAGGCGUGCAUCAUCCGCGAUGUCAUCGCUACUCUCGCAGGGGUGGAAGCCGAGUCCAUUGGAGAGGAAACGUCAAUCUUUGAAGUCGGUCUCGACAGUAUCGAUGCAAUCAAAAUCUCAUCGCGACUGAGCAAAGCAGGUGUCAAACUUCAAGUCAGCUCCAUCAUGCGUCAUCGCACAGUCAAGGCAAUGAGCGCACAGCUCUCAACGUCUAAUGGACAUGUUAAAAACGGCGACCUGCCAUUACUUGGUCAAUUGGAGAAGUCGCUGACCAAGUUCUUGGAGAGCGAAGGCGGCCUUCCCUCCGAUGUUGCUCGUGUUCUACCAGCUACGCCCAUUCAGGAAGCUAUGGUAGCCGAGAUGACUGCCUCUGGCUAUAAGAACUAUUACAACCACGAGAUUCUCGAGCUUGAGCCAGAUGUGGAUCUCAUGAAAAUGGAGCGGGCUUGGAAAACGGUCGUCAACGCCCAUCCCAUUCUCCGUACUUCAUUUGUUGAAGUUUGGGACCCUGAGAUUGCAGUUUCCUACGCUCAGAUUGUUCACAGUCAGAACCAAUUCGACCUUCCCACUGUUCAUUUACACGGUGUGUCUGUUGAAUCGCUCAUUGAUACGCAAGUGUCCAAGACCCGCAAUGAGCCGGUCAAUGGUCCUCUGCUCUCCGUGACUAUUGCAGUGGAUGGGGCGAAACGCUACCUUGUCUUGUCGAUCGCGCAUGCUCUCUACGACGGUUGGUCUAUCAACUUGCUCCACGAAGACAUCGCUAGAUCCUACGCUGGCGGAGAUUGCGCGCGUCCGUCUGCCGACGACAUUUUGGAGCAAAUCAUCUCCUCGUCGGGAUCUGAAGCCCUGCGAUACUGGCGUGCAGCUCUGUCCAACUUUGCCCCAGCGCCCUUCUUGCCCAUGAAACACCAUGAAGAUGGCUCGACCGUUGUCUAUCGCUCGGAGAAGGCAUUGUCUGUUCCACUUUCCGAUGCAGAGACAUUCUGCAAGCGCCAUGGCAUUACUCUUCAGGCACUUCUUGUUACUUGCUGGUCUCUUGUCCUUACCACACACGUCAAGAGACUGGAUGUGGGCUUUGGUCUUGUUCUUUCUGGGCGUAAUGUUGCAGACUCGGAAGAUGUGAUGUUCCCGACGAUGAACACUGUGGCCAUGCGUAUCGUUCUCCAUGGUACGCGGGUCCAGCUUGUCAAGUACGUUCAGGAGGCUCUGCUUGCGAUGUCAGAGUACCAGCAUUUCCCGCUUCGACGCGCAAGACCUGAUACUGGGUCUCAAUCUUUGUUUGACACCUUGUUUAUGUAUCAGAAGCGACCAGUGGAUAAUCAGGAAGGGUCGUCUGCCCUUUACAAGUCUACUGGUGGCGAGGCAAGCGUUGAAUAUCCUGUUUGUGCUGAGAUAGAAGGUGUUGGGGAAGAGCUUGUGGGCCGGGUGGCCGGUCGUGGAAAUGUUGUUGGGGGUGCAGAUGUUGAUGUUCUGCUGGAUCAAAUGGGGGAUGUCCUUUCGUCUCUUGUUCAUAAAUCGCAUGAACAGACGGUUGAAUUUACUGAUGACGGAGUCAGAGUUUGUGGAGGGUUGCCUUUCAGGGAAAUUGGACAAGAUGUUCGUGUUGAUGGGCCAAGAGAAAUUGGGGAAACAGCAUGGUCGCCCAUCGAGUCAAAGAUUCGCAAUGUUCUCUCGGUUGCUUCCGGGGUUACCGAAGAUUCCAUUGGAAAGAGCUCAACUAUCUUCGAGCUUGGACUGGACAGUAUCAGCGCUAUCAAGGUUGCGGCGCUACUGAAGAAACAGUCCGUGAGGCUCGCCGUGAGCGACAUGCUCCGAGCAGGUACGAUCGAGAACAUGGCAACUGCUGCCAACAGCAGUCAGGCGGAACUUUCAGUCACCGAUAUAUCGAGUAUCCUCAGCCAGUCGCUGGAUGGCAUCGAUGUUCCGCAGCUGCUACAGUCGCACGGCAUUGACCCUCAACGUGUGCUGAGGUCAUUCCCUACAACUGCGGGACAGAGCUACUUCCUUUCCAUGCAUACAGUCAAUCCCGCAGUGUUCUACCCGGAAUUCUACUACCUUGCAUCAGAGAACUUGAGCCCAGAGACACUUGACCGCGCCUGGGCCCGGGUCGUCGACCAGACCCCAAUGCUGCGCACAGCGUUCCUCCGCACAGACUCACGGCUUUCGCCGUACAUCCAGGUGGAGCUUGAGGCGGUGCACAUUCCAGUGAUCUGGCAUUCCAAGUUCGAUCAUCAACUUGUGUCAAAGAGUUCAAGGCAAGAAUUUGGGGCUGUGCCGGUCGCACUGCAUGCCUGCCAAACGGCCAAGGGGACGGCGCUUAUUCUUCAAAUUCACCACGCAUUGUACGACGGAGUCAGUCUGCCGCAUAUUCUGGACAGACUUGUCUCGCACUGUGUCCAAGACGAGGUCGCCAUCUCAGGCCCCGACCUGGGUCUCUCACAGCUCGUGGCAUUCCAACAUGUCCAUUCGCCCGUGCAUGUCCGGCGCCAAUUCUGGCAAAAGUAUCUAGGCCGAACCCCAACGGCGCUUAGGCGCGGGGAUGGUUUCGGAACCGUGCAACACCACUACCGGCCGGGUCUGGUCACCAACAUGGCCAACAUCGAAAAGGUCGCUAAGCGCCAGGGCCUCAGCAUUCAAACCAUCUUCCUGGCCAUCUAUGCCCGCGUGCAUAUGCAACAGUUUGCAGCUGAAACGGCAGAUGGCGCAGGGUCACAACAGCGGCUAAUUGUAGGACUCUAUAUUGCCAAUCGAUCGCACUCUCUGGAAGGUCUGGCCGAAUCCGUGAUCCCGACCGUCAACAUCGUUCCAUUGCGAUUGGAUGACAAACUGAGCGAUUCCACCCCCACUCUCCUGGAUGCCGCCCGGCGAAUUCAAGCGGAAAUCAACGAGGUCAGUCGGGUGGAAUACUCCAACGUAUCGCUCCUGGAAAUUGCCGAAUGGACCGGUGUCCAGAUUGACACCUGCGUCAAUUUCCUGCGACUCCCUGAGCAACUGGCACCUGGCAACGAGAAGCUUUCGCUCACAGCUAUUCAACGCGAGGAGUUGGAAAAUCUUAGCGCGACAAUUCCCUCGGACAACCAGAGAAUUAAAAGCAAUGGUGUUACGCCACCAGGUGCAGCCGAGCCCGAUGAUCUUAGCGUCCCAACGGCUCCAUCUAUCUUACUGCCUACGAUCGACGUUGAAGCCGCCGUUCGCAAGGGUCGACUUGAUUUCGGUCUCUUUGCGCCGCAGUGCAGGCUUGACGGUGCAAUUGCGGAGACGCUGAUUGACGCAAUGAGACGCGAGAUGUCCGCUUUGGUGACAGGCUUCGAAUCUAUGUAG